GUCAUUUCCCCCCACCCAUCCGCGUAUAUAUUUUCGCCCGUCGUCUCCCCGGAGGGCCGCGGAUACACAGCGGUAACACACCCGCCCGCCGCGAUUCACCGUGGCAUCAAGAUCGGCUCAGCAGCUCCUGCCCUACCCAGCACCCACCAACCACCGGCGCAGCACCACUCCACUUCACUGCGCGAGCGCGCGUGCCGAGUGUCGGCGGCGUUCGGAAGAAUUCGAGGGCAUGGGGAUGGAGUACGAGCCGGCACCGGGGCAGAAGAAGCCGGCGGCGGGCGGGCGGGCGGCCCUGAAGCUGCUGCUGGCCCUGCUCCUCGUCGGCCUCGCGAUGCGGCUGCUCGCGGACCGCUGCGCCUCCCGCCUCCUGCCGCCCCCCGCCCCGAAGGAGGAGGCCGCGGAGCUCGCCGUGACGGCGCCGCCGGCGCAGGAGGCCGACGGCGGGGACGGGGUGCCCGUAACUCCCAACGGUGCAGGGAGGUGUGAUCUGUUCCAUGGGGAAUGGGUCCAUGAUUCCACUGGCCCAGCUUACACCAAUGCAACCUGCCGGUUCAUCGAGACUCCACAGAACUGUAUGUCGAAUGGAAGGCCUGACGAUGGUUAUCUUUACUGGAAAUGGAAGCCGUAUGGCUGUGACGUGCCGCGGUUUGAGAGCAAGACGUUCUUGGAGGACAUGAGGGGCAAACACUGGGCACUAGUCGGCGAUUCGAUCCUCCGCAACCAUGUCCAAUCGUUGCUCUGCCUUCUUUCCAAGGUUGAAGAUCCUACAGAGGUGUACCACGACAAAACCUACCAGUCCAGGCGAUGGCACUUCCCGUCGCACAACUUCACGCUGUCCCUGGUGUGGGCGCCGUUCCUCGUCAAGGCGGAGAUAUUCGAGGACGAGAACGGGGUCUCGUCGGCGGAGCCGCGGCUGACCUUCGACGUCCUGGACGCGACCUGGGUGAGCCAGUGGGCCAGCUUCGACUACGUGAUCAUCUCGACGGGGCAGUGGUUCUUCAAGAAGGCGGUGUACCUGGAGCAUGGGGCGGUGAUCGGCUGCCACUUCUGCCAGGACAAGAGCCUGAAGGAGGUGAGCAUCGACUACUCCUUCCGCAGGGGGCUCCGGGAGGCCUUCCGGUUCAUCACGGCGUCGCCGCACCGGCCGGUGGUGUUCUACCGGACGUGGUCGCCGUCGCACUUCGAGGGCGGCGAGUGGUUCAGCGGCGGGCGGUGCGACCGGAAGGCGCCGUUCAAGCCGCGGGAGGCCGGCGACCGCGCGCUGGACAACCUCAUGUGGCGGGUGGAGCGCGCCGAGUUCGCCAAGGCCGCCGCGGACGACGGCGGGGCGGGGCGCCUGAGGCUGCUGGACACGUACGAGAUGUCGCUGCAGCGGCCCGACGCGCACGCCGGGCCGUACCGGACGUACCAGCCGUUCGCCAAGGGCGGCGGCGUCGCCGCCGGCAAGGUGCAGAACGACUGCCUGCACUGGUGCCUGCCCGGGCCGAUCGAGGCGUGGAACGACAUCAUCAUGCGGAUGCUGGCCGAGGACUGACCUCGCCAGCGGGUUUUUUGACGUGCCGCGGGAUUGGGUGGGGGGGG